AUGCGUUACCUUAAGAAUUUGGGAGGCGUCGUCAAAUGCAGAACUAUCCCGUUUUGUUGUGAAAACAAUGAACUUUUCACUGUUGUGCCUAAAAAGAAAAACGUCCUCCCUCUAAAACCUAUUGUAAAGUCUCCGCAUAGUCUACUCCGAUCACUUCCGAGAUCCCCGUACACUUCAUGCAGUUGCAGUUUAUCUGCUCCAAUGCAGAUCCGAUUUGUGCACACGGACGUUACAAAUGUUCCUGAUUUCACGAAAUACCGCCUAGAGUCUACUAAAGACCCUCAUUCACGGGCUGCUGACAGCGAAGUGCAUCGCAAGAUAUUCUCUUAUACGAUGAUGUUUGCGACUGCAAUGAUUGCCACUACAUCAGCCAAGUACACCGUUAGAAUGUUCAUUGAACCUCUGGGACCUUCCUCUAAAACUAUGGCGGAGGCCUCCACGGAAGUCAAUUUGGCUUCCAUCCCUGAAGGGAAAAAUAUUACAGUCAAAUGGCGAAACAAACCUCUUUUUAUUCGCCAUAGAUCAGCGGAAGAAAUUGCCCGCGAACGCGCUGUGCCUCUGGAAAGCUUAAGAGAUCCUCAGCUCGAUCAAGAUCGUGUCAAAGUAGAUAAGUGGCUAAUUUGUUUGGGCGUAUGUACACAUUUAGGUUGUGUUCCAGUAGCACACGCCGGCGAUUUCCCCGGAGGUUAUUUCUGUCCUUGUCACGGUAGUCAUUACGAUGCAUCUGGUCGUAUAAGAAAAGGCCCCGCUCCUCUUAAUUUGGAAGUACCUCAGUACAAGUUUGUGGAUGAAAAUACCGUCAUUGUGGGAUAA